AUGGGACACGCCAGCCCUUGUCCUCCGCGCCCUCAACGCGCCCACUGUCGCGUCCUCCCCCUGCCCGUCGCGUCGCCCCCCCCUCCCCUUCCCCUGCCCGUCGCGUCGCCUCCUCUCCCCCUUCCCGUCGCGUCGCCUCCCCUCCUCCUGCCCGUCGCGUUCGCCUCCCCUUCCCCUGCCCGUCGCGUCGCCUCCCUUCCCCCUGCCCGUCGCGUCGCCUCCCCUCCUCCUGCCCGUCGCGUUCGCCUCCCCUUCCCCUGCCCGUCGCGUCGCCUCCCUUCCCCCUGCCCGUCGCGUCGCCUCCCCUCCUCCUGCCCGUCGCGUUCGCCUCCCCUUCCCCUGCCCGUCGCGUCGCCUCCCUUCCCCCUGCCCGUCGCGUCGCCUCCCCUCCUCCUGCCCGUCGCGUUCGCCUCCCCUUCCCCUGCCCGUCGCGUCGCCUCCCUUCCCCCUGCCCGUCGCGUCGCCCUCCCCUCCACGCCCCUUCCCACCGUCGACAACCUCCUCCCCGCCCCUGUCCUACCGUCGCGCCCUCCUCCCCGCCCCUUCUCACCGUCGCGCCCUCCUCCCCACCCCUUCCUAUCGUCGCGCACCCUCCUCCCCGCCCUCUCCUAA